GAGCAGAGCCGAACGGAGACGAACAUAGUCGGGCCGCGCCGAACAGAGAACGAACAUUGCCGGGCCGAGCCGAGCCGAUUAGCCCCGAGCCGAGCCGAACUGCGCCGGGAGGAGCCGAUUGGAGCCGAUUGGAGCGGAGACGAGAGCCCCCGGACCGCCCGCGCUGCCUCAUGGCCGGCAAGAAGCUGAUCGUGGUGUUCGGGGCGACCGGGGCGCAGGGUGGCAGCGUGGCCCGGGCGCUGCUGGACGAUGGGACCUUCAGGGUGCGGGCGGUGACGCGGAGCCCCGGGAGGAUAGCGGCGGAGGAGCUGAAGCGGAGAGGAGCCGAGGUGGUGAAGGCGGAUCUGGACGAUGAGCCAUCGCUGGAACAGGCCUUGGCGGGUGCCUACGGAGCCUUCGUUGUCACCGACUUCUGGGAGCACUGCAGCAAAGAGAAGGAAAUCGAGCAGGGAAAGCGAGUGGCCAACCUCUCGAAGCGCCUUGGGCUGCACCACGUUGUGUUCAGUGGCCUGGAGAACGUGCACAAGCUGACAGGGGGCCAGCUGGAGGUGCUGCACUUUGAUGGCAAAGGGGAGGUGGAGGAGUAUUUCCAGAGAACUGGUGUUCCCACCACGGUCAUCCGGCUGCCGUUCUACUUUGAGAACUUCUUCUCCAUCUUCAAGCCACAGAAGGCCCCUCAGGGAGACACCUUUGUCCUGAAGCUGCCCAUGGGGGACACCCCGAUGGACGGGAUGGCCGUGGAGGACGUUGGGCCUGUUGUGGUUUCCCUGCUGAAGUCCCCGGGGGAGUACAUCGGCCAAGUGAUGGGGCUCAGCACCAGCAAGCUCACUGAGGCAGAGUACGCCGCCGUCCUCUCCCAGCAGAUGGGCAAGACUGUGGUAGCCAGCAAGAUCUCCCCAGAGGAGUACGAGAAGCGUAACUUCCCCGGGGCCAAGGAGUUGGCUGCCAUGUUCCGUUUCUAUGCCCUGAAGCCCGACCGAAACGUGGCCCUGACCAUGAAGCUCAACCCCACGGCCCGCACCUUCCAGCAGUGGGUGGCAGACAACAAGGCUGCCUUCUGAGCCUUCCCCUCCCUGCUCUUCCUCCUCAGCUUCUGUGCCAGGUAGGGGAAACUGGCUGAGGUGCCCUGAGCACCACUGCCUUCCCAGUAGUGCCCCAGGGAGAGGCUGAUCCUGCCCCAGCUGGGGAGAGCUUGGUCCAUGUGCUGGUACAUGCGUGUGCUGCUGCAGCUUGGUUGAGACUAUUUAGGCAACCAGAACAGGAGGAAGGGCUGCACAGCACAGGUAGACGGGUGGGAGAAGUGCUACCUUUGCACACUGUCCUCAGGGAGGUGUUUCUUUAGUCAUGCUGGGUGUUUUUAGGCUGGUGGUGGCUCAUUUUCCCAGGAUCAUGCCCUUUCCCAGGCAGCUCUGAGCAUAGGGCAGCACUUGGUGGGCUGAAGGUGUGUAUCCCUGGGCCCCAAGGCAGGUACCUUGGGACACCUUCACAGCAGGUACCCAUGGCCAGUGUUGCUGCAGGCUCCUAAGCAAGCUGAAAACAUAAUGAUUUCUCCAAGGACCUGAUUUAGGCACUGCAGGUGAACCAGCAGAGAGACAGAGCCCUGCAACCAGGGACUGUGCAGUCAAUUCCUGUGCAUGUAACACAAAACUGAGCCUGAUUCCUCAAGUCAUACAGCUCUGGGCCUGACCCUUGGGCUCCUGGAGGUAAUUUCCAUCACUUUAGGAUCAUGGAGCUAAUUUCAGUCGCUGUCCCCAUGAGUAAAACUGAAGUCUUUCAAGACUGUCCAAGACUCAGUGGAAAAGCCCCUUCCCCCUCACCCUUAUAUGCUUAAGGUACUGCUCGGAUUUGGCAGCUUUUCCUGUGCUUAAAAUCAAUCCCAGCCCCAAGAGAUGCUCAAGCCACCCAACCCCUGUCCCUCUUUGUCCCAGAGACCUUCAUUCCUAUUACUGGGCCAGGGAAAGCAGGUGACAGACCAGGUGGAAGAGUAGACAAGGCAGCAAGGCACAGCACAUGUUAAAUAUCUUUAUGAAGUCCAUCUUAUUUACAUGGAUACAGAAUCACUUUACAGACAGUUUAAUCAGGAGGCAACGCGUGCUUUAUUUCAGCAAAUUAAGAAGGGCAAGACUACAACAUGUCCCUGUUUAACUGGUUAUUAGUACGUGGGCUGAUGGUACCUGCAUGGUAUCACUAACACAGUAACCAUGGGAUACUCACUGCAAGAGCUCAGCUGCACCUGGAAGGAGUGAUCCACCUCACUUGCACUCUCACACAUGUAAAACAACGAUGCUCUGACCAAUCCUUUAUGCUACGGGUGUUGCGCUAAGGUAAUAAAAAGAUUUUGUCCCCAA